ACUACCACUAGCAAUUCAACAAGAGAGCAAGAGCGAGAGAGAGAGAGAGAAAGGCGAGAGAGAGAGAGAAAGAGAGAGAGAUUUCUUACUGAGGGGGGAAACGCGUUGAGCUUCAACAUGGCCUCGCUGUGAUAUGUAUUCAGUACACAGCCCCACUGCUGUGUAUAAUGUCUGAAGGAAAAUUGCCUAAAAUCCAUCUGAUCAGUGGUGGUUCUAUUGUAAGUGCUGAGGCAGUAUGGGAUCACGUCACCAUGGCCAACCGGGAGUUGGCGUUUAAAGCAGGAGACGUUAUCAAGGUCCUGGAUGCUUCCAACAAGGACUGGUGGUGGGGUCAGAUCGAUGAUGAAGAAGGAUGGUUUCCCGCCAGCUUCGUGAGGCUAUGGGUCAACCAAGAAGAUGGAGUGGAGGAGGGAACCAGCGAUGUGCAGAAUGGCCAUUUGGAUCCAAGCGCCGACUGCCUCUGUCUUGGCAGGACUGUUCAGAACCGAGACCAGAUGCGAGCCAAUGUCAUUAAUGAAAUCAUGAGCACGGAGCGCCACUACAUCAAGCAUCUCAAGGACAUUUGUGAGGGUUACUUAAAGCAGUGCCGGAAGAGAAGGGAUAUGUUCAGUGAUGAACAACUAAAGAUCAUCUUUGGUAACAUUGAAGAUAUCUACAGAUUUCAGAUGGGUUUUGUCCGGGACUUGGAGAAACAGUACAACAACGAGGAUCCUCAUCUAAGUGAAAUUGGACCUUGUUUCCUUGAACACCAAGAUGGCUUCUGGAUCUAUUCUGAGUACUGUAACAAUCAUUUGGAUGCAUGCAUGGAGCUCUCCAAGCUGAUGAAAGAUAGCAGGUACCAGCAUUUCUUCGAAGCAUGCCGUCUAUUGCAGCAGAUGAUCGACAUUGCCAUAGACGGUUUCCUUCUGACACCAGUGCAGAAGAUCUGCAAAUACCCCCUGCAGCUGGCGGAGCUGCUCAAGUACACCGCGCAGGACCACAGUGACUACAGGUAUGUGGCUGCUGCUCUCGCUGUCAUGAGGAACGUGACUCUACAAAUCAACGAGCGGAAGCGGAGGUUGGAGAACAUUGACAAGAUCGCUCAGUGGCAGGCCUCCGUUCUGGACUGGGAGGGAGACGAUAUCUUGGACCGCAGCUCAGAGUUGAUCUACACGGGAGAGAUGUCCUGGAUUUACCAGCCUUAUGGACGGAACCAGCAGCGUGUUUUCUUUCUCUUUGAUCACCAGAUGGUUCUCUGCAAAAAGGAUCUCAUACGGAGAGAUAUUCUUUAUUACAAAGGUCGCAUAGACAUGGAUAAAUAUGAAGUGGUAGAUAUAGAAGACGGGAGAGAUGAUGACUUCAAUGUCAGCAUGAAGAAUGCCUUCAAACUUCAUAACAAGGAGACUGAGGAAAUGCACUUAUUCUUUGCCAAGAAACUGGAGGAGAAGUUACGAUGGCUUAGAGCUUUCAGAGAAGAAAGGAAGAUGGUAAAAGAAGAUGAAAAGAUAGGCUUUGAAAUUUCUGAAAAUCAAAAGCGGCAAGCGGCAAUGACAGUAAAGAAAGUCAGUAAACAAAAAGGUGUGAGCUACUCCAAGUCGGUUCCUCCAGCCUACCCACCACCCCAGGAUCCAUUAAAUCAGGGACAAUACAUGGUGACAGAUGGCAUAUCCCAGUCCCAGGUCUUCGAGUUCACCGAACCCAGACGCAGCCAGGCACCAUUCUGGCAAAACUUCAGCAGGUUAACACCAUUCAAAAAAUAAUACCUAGAGAGAUGGAGAAUUUUAACUUAAAAGAACUAAAAAUUUAAAAAUAAAAAUAAAUAAAAUUAUAUUUAUAGAUGGACCUUUUUUCGGAGAAGCACUGUUGCAACUAAAUAUAUAUACAUAUAUAUAUAUAUAUAUAUACACACUUUAAAAAUAAUAAUAUAUAUACAUAUAUGUGUAUAUAUAGAAGGACCAAAAACUUUUUUUGUUGUUUUUGGGAAGCAAUCUGCUACUAGAUUCUAGGAAGCACCAAUGAUUUCUAACCAUGUGACCUAUUUUGUUUUAUUCCUUUGGUCGGACAUCUCCUUUUUUUGUUUGUUUGUUUUUCCUUUUCUUCUUCAUUUUCAUUCAAGUCAUCAUUGGCAUCCCAGGACGCUUUCUCGCUUGUGUGAAGUCGUCCUCGAAGUUCCUCAUGGACUACAUCGGUGUAUAUUUUAUUUGAUUUUAUUUAUGGGAGGGGGGAAUGUUAUUUGGUUUUUGGAGUGCCGGGAGGUCUCUGCUCCCUCUCCCUCCCUCUCCAUCCCUCCCUUGGCUCUCCCUGGAAUGACCAUUUCAAUGAAGAACAUCGCCCCAUGCCCAUCCCGUCUUGCAUUCUCUGGUCCUACUUGUGCCUGUCUGGAUGUGCUCCCUGUGCCCAUGCUCCACUGCGCAGUAUUUCUCUGGCUUUAUCCGUUUUGCUGUGGGCAGGUGAAACCAAGCAGAAGGGGAUCAGCUCUGCUGGAAGCGAGAAACGGGUUCUCCUCAGUUGAUUUCUUUAUUCUGUUUUUUAAGCACUGUCUUUUUCUCAAUUCUGUGUGAUCUGUUCACACUCAGAGCAAGACUGAGAAAAGAACAUCAGGGGCUUUUAUUUCUUUAUUUGUAUUUAGGUUCCGUGGGGUGCAUUUUAGGUUUUUUUUUUAUUUGCAUUUAUUUCCGUGGGGUUCUCUUUGGUUUCUUUUCUUUUUAAGCUGAGACACAACUCUGAAAAGCCCACUCCUAUCUUUGUUUUUCCACGCAAAGAUAAAAGCUUAAAAACUGAUGGCUUCACGUCCUGCAUCCCAGCUAGAGGAAAAUUGGCUAUUGGGCUGCGACAAAUGGCCAUUUUUCUUUCUUCAGGAACUAAGGUCCCAUCCCGUCUCCACACCCACAGCUGCGCAGUACUGCAUUAAUGAACUCCUAAUUGCUAAUUAACAGGAGCAAUGAUCCCAAGAGUGGGGACUAUGAGCACUCACUGCCUGCUCUGUUCUCUUACUGCCGUCCCGAGUGAACCGGGAGCUGCCGGUAGGGACCCGCUGGCAGGGGGAUCAUUGCCCGAGUCCCUGGAAGUAUUGACCUGAUAGUGCAGGAGGAGUUGAGAACUGCCUUUCAGUACAGAUGUGAACCGAGCGAUUUAGCCGUAUGACCACGGUUACGUCACCUAAUCUCAGCCAGCGAUUGGUUUAAUCCAAACAGCAUCACUGGCUCAGCAGGGUGGUAGCAUUGUCAGCAGGCUCAGGGUGGGUUAACCAAACUCUACAGGUCUCUUUCUCUCUCUUUUUCUCCCUCUGGAGAAUCAUACCCCUAUUUUCAAAGACACUUCCUACAAUUUCAGCCGUGUUGGGAAGCACAGAAGCUGAUGUUUCAGCUUGUAAAACAGAUCAUUGUGCGCUGGGAGGAUUUUGUUUCCUAGGGCAAAUGAGGCUGUUUAACCAGACUGAGAUAAUGAACUUAAACACUCUGCAGAGCUAUUCUGCAAGCUCCUUUGAAAACGUGGGAGGAAGUGAUUGAUCAUGGCAUUUAUCACUUUAUUUCGGAUAUGACACACCACAUCAGCACCCCGGUGAGUGUGGAGAUGGAUUUUUUCCUCCGCUAAGAAAAACAGGAGGAUUGGAAUUG